AUGGCUUCGACUGUUGGCAAGACCAUCACCUGCAAGGCUGCCGUUGCCUGGGAGGCUGGCAAGGAGCUGAGCAUUGAGGAUGUCGAAGUUGCUCCUCCCAAGGCUCACGAGGUCCGCGUGCAGAUCUACUACACUGGUGUCUGCCACACUGAUGCCUACACCCUCUCUGGCAGGGACCCCGAGGGUGCAUUCCCCGUCAUUCUGGGACACGAGGGAGCUGGUAUUGUCGAGUCUGUUGGCGAGGGUGUCACCAACGUGAAGCCCGGCGACCACGUCGUUGCUCUCUACACUCCCGAGUGUAAGGAGUGCAAGUUCUGCAAGUCUGGCAAGACAAACCUCUGCGGCAAGAUCCGAGCCACUCAGGGCCAGGGCGUCAUGCCCGAUGGCACCAGCCGGUUCAAGUGCAAGGGCAAGGACCUUCUCCACUUCAUGGGGACGUCGACUUUCUCUCAGUACACCGUCCUCGCCGACAUCUCCGUUGUAGCCGUCCAGCAGGAUGCCCCCAUGGACCGCACAUGUCUCCUUGGCUGUGGCAUCACCACCGGCUACGGCGCCGCCCGCGUCACCGCCAAAGUUGAGGAGGGCUCCAACAUUGCCGUCUUUGGAGCUGGAUGCGUUGGUUUGUCAGUCGUUCAGGGGGCUGUCGUCAACAAGGCCGGUAAGAUUAUCGUCGUUGAUGUCAACCCGGCCAAGGAGGAGUGGGCCAAGAAGUUUGGCGCUACGGAUUUCGUCAACCCCAACGACCUCAAGGGACAGACCAUUGUCGAGAAGCUGAUUGAGAUGACUGAUGGUGGCUGUGAUUACACCUUUGACUGCACUGGUAACGUCAACGUGAUGCGUGCUGCUCUGGAAGCUUGCCACAAGGGCUGGGGAGAGAGCAUUGUCAUCGGCGUCGCUGCUGCUGGCCAAGAGAUUUCCACACGUCCAUUCCAACUUGUCACUGGUCGUGUCUGGAAGGGCUGUGCUUUCGGUGGCAUCAAGGGACGCACACAGCUGCCCGGGCUUGUCAGCGACUACUUGUCUGGAGCUCUCAAGGUUGAUGAGUUUAUCACACACCGCAAAAACCUUGGUGAGAUUAACAGCGCAUUCGAGAUUAUGAAACAGGGAGACUGCAUCCGUGCCGUUGUUGACGCGAGGACGCUGUAG